UAGCUUAAAAUUGCAUUUAUAAGCGGAUAAUACAGAAAGAGGCAUUUUCAUGAGCCAUGAAGAAUUUGAUUCAAGAACUGAGUGUAUAUAAUGUUAGCAUAGUAUGUCAAGCUUGCUUGUAUCUGUAAAUUUACAUCCAGGUCAGGGUACAGUAACCGCAACAGUUGAAUAAUCACCAACCAAAGGUUGAAUAUUCCAUCCAACAAAGUUAAAUCCAUCAAAGUUAAGGACUAUUCUUACAGUAACAGAUCUGUAUAGUGAAUGAGGAGGAGGAUAAGUAUUUCUGUGGAAUAUAAUCAAAACAUCUUCUUAGCUUUAAUUAAACCAGCCUCUCCUUGAAGCUCUAGCUUCGAUUGGUUUCGACAGGAAGCAGCAUGUCAAGGUAAAGAAAAGAGCAUAAAUCCGGCCUCCCAUAACCACGCCAGCAAAAGCAACCAUAACAAGAAUCAGCAGCAGGUAACCACUACCCUCCCUUGUUUCUACACCUUGAGGGAAAAAGGCGGCAUCUUUCGCCUCCUCAUCAUCACAUUCCAAUUUGGCCUCCUUAUGACGCGUUGGAGGCGGCUUAACUUCUCCGGGUAGAUUCUUCUUCUCCAAUUUCGAGUCUUUUCGAGCCGUCUUCUUCGAAGGGAAAAGUUUCUUCAUUUUUGAUCGGAUUUUAGCCCUGCGAGACUUUCCUCUCUUGGGUUGGGGACCCUCACCAUGAUCUUCCUCAAUUAGGUCACCCAUGGCACAUCUCUCAUCCAGAGAUGGAUCUUUGAUUGCCUCAUCCUCAACAAUUUCGUGGGUUUCAUCCGUUGGUUCGUUCAUCCCAUCAUCGCCUUCAUCAAGAACAGCAACCUCUUCCUCUGGUUUAGCGACUCUUCUACAGAUGAUAAAUCUAUGAGCCACAAUCAUCAUCAACCUCAAAUUCUCACGCGAUUUCGUAAAAAUUGCAGGUGUCUCGUAUCGAAACACGUUUCUCGACAAGUAAUCGAGGAUGACCAACAGGAACGCCGAUAAUGUGAUCCCGACCGCGAAUUUCUUAGCUCCCAGAGCCAAACCUACCAACAGGAACAUCGUAAGAACGCCCCGCGAAAGCACUUUGCUGGAAUUGACUUCUCCAUCUUGACCGCCGAUGGCCGGAUCGUCGUUUUCGCGGGUUCCCGUGGUCGCGAUUGAGGCUCCAGAUGGCGACGGUGGCAGAGGCAGUAAAAUUGGAUCACCGGCACUAGGCGGCGGCGGCGAGAUUUUGUUAUUGAAGCGGGCAGAGGGAGAGGGCUUCUUGAAACGGUCGCGAUGAUUGACGAUUAGAUCGACAAGGGAGGUGGGAAAGCCGGUCUCGACGACCAGAGGCGAGGCGGCGGCGGCGUUCUUCUGGUGGUUGAAAUGAUCUUUCAGCAUUUGGCAGAUUAUGGCGGUCCUCUUAGCCUUCUUCCACGACAGCCCCAUGGAUUCCUGCAAAUCAACCCAAACAGAGAAAAAGAACCCUCCUUUAAGACUUGAAAGUGCAGGAAUUUCGCGUCAUCAAACAAGGACCGCCCGACAGACCGACAGAAAUUUGUGUCAGAAUCAGAAGAAUGAGGAUGUCCGAGUACAGGGGUGUGGGUACUCGAUCAGGCGACGAUUCACAGGGGCGAAGAAAAAAAUCAGUAAAAGAGAAGAGGUGGGUUUAUCUGGUUCAGGCAAAGGUAUAUAUAUAUUCAAAGGUAUAUAUGGGGUAAUAAUCGUGAAAAACAGCAUCUGGAACCCUAAUAAAUCCGGCACUUCCAGGAAGUGGGAAGAUAUAGAGAGAGGGGGAAACAUGGAUUGUGGAUAUGAUGGGAGGGAGAGUGAGCUGUG